AUGGUGGGUAAGACGAUUGGCCUGAGCUUGCUCUUCUCGCAGCUCUGCGCGGCUGCAGGUCCGUUUCUGCAGACGCUGAACGGCAGCUGGGUCAUCGGCAACGACCUCUGGAACAUCACCCAGGGCUCCGUCUAUGGGAAGCCUGCGUACUACAAGGGCAAGGAUAUCAUCGGGGAAGCGGUUGGUCAUUAUGUCGGCUACAACGGAGAAAACAACCUGGUCUUCACCUCGGCCGACAUUGUGGCGCGUGGCGACGACUACAUCGAUGUCAGCUUCACCGCCGACCAGGGCGAAUUCCACUGGGUCAUAUUCGAGGAUCUGCCCGGCGCAUACCAGUAUUUCGUGAACCGGGCUCUCCCCACCCUGGGCGUCUUCAGGUCUCUCUUCCGCCUCGACAACCAGACCUUCCCGAACGGCCGCACCCACAUCAAGGACGAGCCCCUCCCGCCGUGGUAUCUGUAUCAAAACGCCACCAAGGUCCAGGACGAGACGUGGGAGCUCGCCAACGGCACCUACCUCACCAAGUACGACUGGAGCGCCUUCAUCCGCGACAUCGACUUCUACGGCGUCUACGGAGAGGACUUUGGCAGCUGGUACAUCCGUCCCGGCACCGACUACUUCAACGGCGACCACCUGAAGCAAGAGCUCAUUGUCCACCGCGAAUCCGCCACCGGCGACGCCGUACAGCUCAACGUCGUGCACGGCACCCACUUCAUGGCCUCCUCCGCCGACGACUUCCCCGACGGCAAGAUCUUCGGCCCCUGGCUCUGGUAUCUGAACGACGGCUCCAAAUCCGACGCCUCCUCCCGCCAGGCGCUCGAAUUCGCCAGCUGGCCCUACGCCUGGCUCGCCGACGCCGCCUACCAGACGCGCGCCGCCCGCGUCACCGGCACGCUCCGCCUCUCCGACGGCCGCCCCGCCGCCCACGCCGCCGUCUUCCUCGGCGAGAACCGCUCCAACAAGACGACCCUCGACCAGGGCGCCCUCUACAACUACGCCGCCACCGCCGAUGCCGCGGGCCGCUUCGCCUUCGACCACGUCCGCGCCGGCACCUACGCGCUGUACGCGUGGCCCGGCGCGCUCAACGGUACCACCGACGGCGCCAACCCCCUCGCCAACCUCACGUCCACAUACGUCGCCAACGACGUCGCCAUCUCCACUGACACCGUCGCGCUGAAUGACCUUCCAGACUGGCAAGUCCCAACCGGUCGCGAGCUCGUCUUCCAGCUCGGCGGCGUCGACCGGCGCGCGGCCGAGUUCGCGCUGGGCGGCAGCCCCUACACGCACGGCCUGGUGGACCGCGUGCCCGCGAACCUGACCUUCACCGUCGGCGCGUCGGACGCGCGGACGGACUGGUAUUUCGCGCAGUCGGCGGUGGGGACGUGGGAGAUUGCGUUCGAGGUAGUCGGCAGCAACAACAGCAACAGGUCGGCGCUGCUGAGCGUGGCGCUCGCGGGGUUCAGUCGCGGGAGCAGCGCGGGGAUUUUUAUUAAUGGUGGGACGAGGGUGGGGAACCUGACGACGGAUGCGGUGCCGACGGACCCGGGCUUGUAUCGCAGCGCGACGGUGGCGGGGGAGUGGCAUUUGUAUGAGUUUGAGGUGGGGGCCGGGGUGCUGGGGGAGGGGUGGAACUCGCUGAGUUUUGUGGUGGAGAGGAGCACGAGGUGGAGGGGGUGGUUGUGGGAUAGUGUGCUUUUGGAGUGGGUGUGA